AUGAAGAUUUUAAAGAAGUAUCAUGAGGCUUCAGGUCAAGAGAUUAACAUUGAAAAAAGCUGCUACAUUACCCAUUCUUCCCUUAAUCCCAGAACCACCAAAAGACUCAAGAAAUGGAUAGGAUACAAGCACUCCAACUUCCCUUUCAAUUACUUGGGUUGUCCCAUUUAUACUGGAAGGAAGAGGAUCGACAUCUUCACUGAUUUGACUACCAAAGUCAUUAACAAAACUGGAGGAUGGAAAACAAAUCUCCUGAGUGCAGGGGGCAAGGCUUUAAUCAUUAAGCAUGUCGUUCAAUCUCAGACUCUACACUUGUUUGCGGCUCUUGAACCUCCUAUCACAACCCUUAAGCAAAUUGAGAUGUACUUUUGCAACUUCUUUUGGGGUCAAAAGGAAGAUAAGAAUAAAUACCAUUGGUCUAAUUGGAAAAAGCUCUACUAUCCUACUGAAGAAAAAGGAUUGGGUUUCAAAAGAUUAAAAGAUAUUUGCAAGACCUUUACAAUGAAGAGAUGGUGGAGGUUGAGAACCAUGGACAAUCUUUGGUCCCAGUUCAUCAAAGCCAAAUAUUGCCCUAGAGCCAAUAUGGUAUCAAAGGUCAUUAGCCCUAACAAUUCAAACAUCUGGAGAAGUCUGUUGAAAAUUAGACCCCAAGCCGAGCACAACAUCCAAUGGGAGAUCAACAAAGGAAACACCUUAUUCUAG